AUGAAAACUGUGGUGUCAUCGCGAAGUCCGUUUCAAGUCUUAUCGUCCUUUGCCAUUCGGCAUGGAACGCAACUCUCGAGUCGAGGUUUUCCGCUAUCUUACUUCCCUCUACGCAAUGUAUGCGACAGAACGAUGGUUAGCACUGCUACAACACGAUGCCAUGGUAAUGUGGUGAGACGCUCGUUCUUUGUGCAUCCUACGACUGGCGACCUCGUCCUCGAUUGUGGCUUUUUUCGGAACCUUUGGGUACGGAACAACAGGCUUCCUGUCGCUCACACGGCGCUCCAGCAACUCGUCGACCCAGCCUCUCUUGCGAAGCCGGCCACAGCUCCCAGUAUAUGGUACGACCUCCACACUCCAACAGGUGUGUUAUGUCGGCAGUCCAUUGGUACUGGGUCGUGUAUUCUGUCCCAUGGAAUGACUUCAAGCGUGGCGAGAUCGCCCCGGAGAGGGGUAGCAUGGCACGCUUGCGAAUCACAAGCAGCAGCUAACAAGCGCAAAAUUCCACUUGCGAAAGAGGCAUCUCCACAUCGCCGGACGAUGGAGUCUAGGAGGUCGUCUUGGUAUGCAGAAAAGCCUGAGCGAAAAGCGCGAAGUUGUUCUCUCAGUUUCCUCCCUCGGUUAACUGAUGCACAAAUUUGCAGUACGAGCUGCUCUCCGCUUAAGCAUAACUCUGUCGGUUACAGUGGGCCGUCGCUUCGUCAGGUAAGCUCUCCUUUCCAGGUUCAAGAGAACAAAGCCCGCAUGGCUGCCUAUGUAGACGAGCUCAACGCCGCAGUUAGAGAAGCCGUUUCGGGUGGGGGACCAGACGCGAAGAAACGCCUGUUCGCUCAAGGCAAAAUGCCAGUGCGAACUCGUAUUGACUGCUUGCUGGACCCAGGCAGUUCUUUUCUCGAACUCUCCCAACUAGCAGGUCAUGAUUUGUACGGUCCGACCGAGAAUGUGCCUUGUGGAGGUCUUGUCACAGGGGUUGGCCUCGUUUCGGGCAGACUGUGUAUGAUCGUGGCGAACGAUCCCACAGUAAAAGGAGGCGCGUACUUCCCCAUAACGGUGAAAAAACACCUGCGAGCUCAGGAUAUUGCAGCAGAGAAUCGAUUGCCUUGUAUCUAUCUCGUGGACAGUGGUGGAGCGAACCUGUCCAGACAGGAGGACGUCUUCCCUGAUAGAUUACAUUUUGGCCGCAUUUUCUUCAAUCAAGCAACCAUGUCCGCUCAGUCGAUUCCUCAGAUCGCAGUGGUGCUAGGGAGCUGCACAGCAGGAGGUGCCUAUGUACCGGCCAUGGCAGACGAAGCGAUCAUUGUGAAAGGAAGGGGAACUAUUUUUCUCGCUGGUCCCCUCCUGGUCAAAGCCGCCACGGGGGAGAUUGUCGGGAGCGAGGAGCUCGGUGGCGCCGACAUGCAUUGCAGAAUAUCUGGAGUGGCAGAUCACUAUGCAAAAGAUGAAAAUCACGCGCUGAAACUCACCCGGCGGAUCGUCGCUUCACUUCCAGUACAACCAUCUAACAGUGCCUGCUUCAUCAACAGCGAACACGGUUCCGUCACUGCCCUUCUUCUUGGCUCGUCUUCUGUAUCCAGCAACAUCGACCCUCUCCUUCCUUCGGAAGAGUUGGAUGGCCUAGCACCCUGCAACUUCCGCCAACAGACAGAUAUUAAGCGCCUCUUGGCUUGUCUCCUAGACCGCUCGGCCCUGGCCGAGUUCAAGCCGUUAUACGGGGAGACAUUAGUUUGCGGCUUUGCCCAUCUGAACGGGUACCCCAUCGGAGUAAUGGCGAACAAUGGUGUCCUCCUUCCAGAGAGCGCUCUCAAAGGGGCGCAUUUCAUUCAGAUUUGUGCGCAGAGACGCCUUCCUCUACUCUUUGUGCAGAACAUCACAGGCUUCAUGGUUGGGAGCGAGAUGGAACGUGCGGGGAUUGCUAAGCACGGUGCGAAGCUAGUUACUGCCGUGUCGUGUUUUCCUUUGCCAAAGCUUACCCUUAUAAUCGGCGCUUCGUUUGGUGCUGGGAACUACGGCAUGUGCGGCAGAGCAUAUGAUCCUCGGUUUCUAUUCACAUGGCCAAACGCCAAAAUCGCAGUCAUGGGAGGCAAGCAGGCUGUUAGCGUGCUUCUAGAUAUAGAACGAGCUGCUGCACUGAAAAGACAAAAAGUGAAACCACAGGGUCAGGGGGGAGCGAUGGAAAAGGGAAAACUUUUUGAGCUUGAUGAAAAAAUGUGGGAAGAACAGAGAAAAGUGAAACAAGCCGAAUACCAGGAGAUGUAUGACCGGCACAGCAGCGCAAUUUAUGCUUCUGCUCGAAUAUGGGAUGACGGUGUUGUUACUCCACAGCAGACACGAAAGGUGUUGAUCUUAGCACUCGCUGUAGCUCUUCAAAAUCCAUAUAAAACCGCAAGCCCCUUCGGCGCUGAGCAUUUGCCCCCUGCUUACGGAGUCUUCCGGAUGUAA